AUGGCACAUGACAUGAAGUGGUCAAAAGUUCAAGUUCUUGGAAAAGGAUCCUACGGAACUGUGUAUUUAGCAAUUGCAAACCGAGUCGGUUCCGCUUUCUCCUCUCCUUUUUCUGGCCUGAUAGCUAUCAAGUCAGCGGUUUUUCAAAACUCUAUAUCGCUUCAAAAGGAGGCCAAAAUCUUGCAAGACUUGGCUGACUGCCCUGAGAUUGUUCAUUAUUUUGGAAACGAUUUGACUAUUGAAAGUGGCGUAGGGUUCUAUAACUUGCAGCUAGAGUAUGCGUCAGGAGGCACCCUUGAAGAUUUUAAUCAAGAAAACUGGAGGAAAAUUAGUGGAAUACGAUGUGCAAAGGGUUACGUACAUUGCGACCUGAAGCCAGCAAAUAUUCUUGUUUUUCGUUCCAAAGCUGGUAGAGGCAAUGCUGUUAAGAUUGCUGAUUUUGGAAUAUCGAAAAUUACGAGAGAGGAGUAUGGUUUUGUGAAUAGAAAGUUUUGCUUUCGGGGAACUCCUAUAUAUAUGUCUCCAGAAUCUGUUGCAUUAGGUGAAAUUGAAGCUCCUCUGGAUAUAUGGUCUUUGGGAUGUACAGUCAUUGAGAUGAUUACUGGAAAGCAUGUAUGGAAUUGUAAAGGUCUAGAAGACUUAAUGUUUCAAAUUGUUUUUGGAAAGGAGCCACCCAAAAUACCCGAAACUAUGUCAGAACUUGGGAAAGAUUUCUUGAGGAAGUGUUUUGUAAGAGAUCCCAGAAAGAGGUGGACUGCUGAGAUGCUACUGAACCAUCCUUUUAUCAGUGAAACUGAAUGUUUGACAUCUACAAAAAUCCGCCUUAUUGGUUGUUCUUCAUCAAUUUCAAGGAGACUGUCUUCCUCAGAAACUUUGCUUCCUCCUCCUGGAUUUUCUGCUUUUCCUUCAGUGCUGCCUGGGCAUGCCCAGUGUUAUGGUAACUGGGUAAGCAGUGAUCCAGAGGUUAAGCAUUACUCUGGCAACUUUAAGCUAUGGGGUGGUGCGCCCGCUUAUGGGGUCGAAUCAGUAUGUUCUAAGAAGAAAUAUCUGAAUAUCAAUCUCAUUGAUCUCAUGAGUAUAAUUCCAAAUCCUGUCAAUCGUCUUCCAAUGGAUGAGUUUAACAACAUCAAUGAGUUGAAAUGA